CAGCUAGCCAACUCCUACCAAUCCCUCCUCAGCGAAUUCUCCUCUCCCGAGUUCCACACCGUUGGAAACUAUGCCCUCGGACGCCUCAUCGGAAAGGGAAGCUUUGGCAAGGUCUACCUGGCCUCCCACAAGCUCACCAAUGGCUCGAAAGUGGUGUUGAAGAGCGCGAAAAAGGACGAUGCCAACUUGGCGAGGGAGAUUCACCACCAUCGACAAUUCUCACACCCACACAUCGCGAGAUUGCACGAGGUCAUCGUGACGGAGACGCUGGUUUGGCUGGUGUUGGAGUAUUGUCCGGGAGAUGAGCUGUAUAACCACAUUCACAAGAAUGGGCGCAUGGAAGUCGGCAAGGCGCAAAAGGUCUUUACGCAACUUGUUGGCGCGGUGAAUUAUGUUCAUGCGAAAGGGUGUGUGCAUCGGGAUUUGAAGCUGGAGAAUAUUCUGCUGGAUAAGAAUGAGAAUGUGAAGUUGGUGGACUUUGGCUUCACGAGGGAAUAUAAAGGCUCGACGAGUUAUUUGCAGACUUGGUGUGGGACGGUCUGCUACAGUGCGCCGGAGAUGCUCAAGGGGGAGAAGUAUGCGGGAGAAAAGGUGGACGUGUGGAGUUUGGGGAUUAUACUUUACGCACUGCUGUGUGGGGAGCUGCCGUAUGAUGAGGAUGACGAGUCGGAUACGAAGAACAAGAUUCUGAAGGAGGAACCGAAAUAUCCGGACCACAUGCCUGAACAGGCGAAGGACUUGAUCAAGAAGUUGCUUUCGAAGCGGCCUCUGUUGAGACCUUCACUUGGAGAUAUCUUGCGGGACCCAUUCCUCUACGACCACGCACCGCAGCAGCAGGAGAUCUUGAAGCUGCAGCAACCUCCACCUUUCACGACACAGCUGGAGAAGGACGUUCUACAACGGAUGAAGAGCGCUGGCGUCAACAUUGACACUGUUAUUGAGAAUGUGCUCUCUCAACGAUGCGACUCGCUCGCGGGA